CGCCCGGACGGCACCUCAAGAUGGCCGCCACAGGGUGCGCGGGGGCAUCUGGGAAUUGUAGUCCGUCCAGCGCGCUGACGUAUUUCGCCGCGGCCGUUAGGCGCCAUUGUGCGGCACGCGCCGGAUUCCGCUCGCCGCGAGGGUCGCUAAGGACGAGAACAGCAUGCUCGCCAGGCUGCCGAAGCCGUGGUUCUCUGAACCGGUGGUCUUUGAAGAUAUAACACUGGCUUUUACCCCGGAGGAGUGGGGACUGCUGGACCUCAGACAGAAGUCCUUGUACAGGGAAGUGAUGCUGGAGAACUACAAGAACCUGGUCUCAGUGGAACAUCAGCUUUCCAAGCCAGAUGUGGUAUCUCAGUUAGAGGAGGCAGAAGACUUCUGGCCGGUGAAGAAAGAGAUUCUUCAACACACAAUUCCAGGAAUUGAAAACAAGGCCUCACAUGUUCUAGAAUGUCCUGGUGCUGAGGCUCCACUGGACUCUCAGUUGAGUCCUCUUCCUACUGAGAAUCCCCUAGUAAACAUCAAGGUUGUUGAGGUCCUCACCCUGAACCAGGAGGUGGCUGGUCCCCGGAAUGCCCAGAUCCAGGCCCUUUACGCUGAAGACUGUGGCCUGAGCACACACAUCCUCAGGAAGCCAGCCCAGCAGCUGGGAACACAUCCGGCCGACCCUGAAUUUGCUCACCAGAGAUUCCGGCAGUUCCAAUAUGAGGAAGCCAUGGGUGCCUGGGAGGCUGUGGCCCAGCUCCGUGAGUUGUGCCACCAGUGGCUACAGCCCAAGGUACACUCCAAGGAACAGAUCCUGGAGUUGCUGGUGCUGGAGCAGUUCCUGGGUGCACUGCCUGGAAAGUUCCGGACAUGGGUAGAGUUGCAGCACCCAGAGGACUGCCAGGCGGCCAUAGCCCUGGUAGAGGAUGCGAUCUCAAUGUCUAAGGAAGGCGCACUGCCUUCCCAGGUGUCUGCCUGCUGUCCCAAGGCUACCACUCAGCAGCAGAGGAAAGAGAAAGAUACAACCAUCUUGCCAGUGGCAGAGCUACCAGAGGAGCCGGUGACCUUCCAGGACGUGUCUGUGGACUUCAGCCAGGAGGAGUGGGGCCUGCUGGGCCCAGUGCAGAGGACUGAGUACCACGAUGUGAUGCUAGAGACCUUGGGAAACCUCGUCUCCGUGGGGUGGGAGACUGCAGCAGAAAACCAAGAGUUAAUUCCAGAUUCCGAUGUUCCUGCUGAUGAACCCAUUUAUGAUCCAAAAGUGAGUGAAUUGUCCAGGGAUGGCACCCAGCCCUCUGCUUUAGAAGAUCUCUUGCAAGGUGGACUCACAGAAGUCCUACAUGCAGCAUUUCAAAAAGAGGAGUUUGCUGAAGAUAAAGCCAUCCCCCAGAAGCACCUCACUGAGAACCCUGAGUCACAAGCAGAUGCUGGUCUCAGCAUAAGCCAAGCUUCACCCCAGAAAAUUCCUCCUAGAAAAUGUUUGCGCAAAUUGCUCUCACAGUGUAAAAGUGUGGCCCAGAGUUCACAAAUAAAAGAUCACCAGAAGGGCUAUGAGCCAGGCAAAGCCAGGGAUGACAAUGGUCACAUGAGCCAGAGUUCACCUGUGGAGAUUCACCAGAAGGGCUAUGAGCGGGGCAAAGCUGGUGAGAGCAGUGGUCAAGUGACCCAGCGUUCAUACCUUAAAGUUCACCAGAAAGGCUGUGAAUCGAGCAAAGCCAGGGAGAGCAGUGGUCAAGUGACCCAGCAUUCACAAAUGAAACUUCACCGGAAGGUCUGUGAGUCAGGUAGAGCUGGGGAAAAAAGCGGUUGUGUGAUACAACAUUCACAUAUGAAAGCCCAUCAGAAGCCCAGUGAGCAGAACAAAGCUGGAGAGGGCAACGGUAGUAAGAAAACCGUCAGCCAACGGGUUCCACAGGUCAUGUUUAUAAAAAUCCAUAGUGGGAGCCAAAUUUGCCGAUGCAGUGUAUGUGGGAAGUUGUUCCGAAAUCCAAGGUACUUUUCUGUACAUAAAAAAAUCCACACAGGAGAGAAGCCAUAUGUCUGUCAGGACUGUGGGAAAGCCUUCGUGCAGAGCUCUUCCCUCACACAGCACCAAAGGGUGCACAGUGGUGAGAGACCCUUCCAGUGCCAGGAGUGUGGCAGGACCUUCAAUGACCGCUCAGCUGUCACCCAGCACCUGCGCACCCACACUGGUGCCAAGCCCUAUGCCUGCCAGGACUGCGGCAAGGCCUUCCUAAUAACGUUCCAUGCAAAGGAGCUAAAACAAGCACAUUUACAGGGUGUACUUCAAGCCAAAAUUGAUCACAAGAGGCAAAAAAGGUCACUACAUAUUGCUUAAGAAAAAUGAAUAGGAAGAGAUAAUUACAUAUUCACCAAACAUCAGCACACUCACCUUCAUAGCAUUGGACACGAAAGUUCAAAUAAACAUCAAAAUUAUAAUGGAGGACCUCAAUACCUAUUAUCACAAAUAGAUUACCCCAAAAAAUCAGCAGUGAGCAGCACCUUUGCACAAAUGGACUUAAUUGAUCAGUACAAUGUUGCGCCCAUCAGUACACACGUGGAACUUUCUCCAAAAUAGACCACGUUCUAGCCCAUAUUGCAUGCUUGAAUAAAUCUGAAAUAUUUAAAAUUAUUUCACGCAUAUUACCAGAUGAUAGUGCAAUGAAACUAGAAAUCAGUAGCAAAAGAAGCCAUGGAAAUUAUGAAACAGCUCUCUGGGCUUGGGCCUAGGUUGUGGUGACAUUGCAAAAUGCACUGAAGAGGGUCAGAAUUAGUAAAUAUGUGACCUGCUCUGGUGCCUCACUCCAGAAAAUGGUGGAGAAAAUUAGAAUUGGCCAACAUGCCAAGUCACCUCAAUGGCAUGACCAAGAUGACACAGACUGUGGGAUUUGGUACUGUGGUUCCAGCAUGAAAACGGUGGCUGGUGGUACCUGGCCCCACAACACCACUUGUGCCAUCACAGUCAAGUCUGCCAUCAGAAGAUGAAUGGAAUUGAAAGACCAAUAGAAGCUCUAUUUGAGACAUCCCUAGUCUAUAAUAAAUGGGUUAAUUUUUGCCAUAAACAAUUGCAAAAUGCAUAUAGGUUAAACAAUGCACACUUGAAUAAUCAGUGGGUCCUGAAAGAAAUUACUUCCAGCUAGACAUGGUAGUGAAUGCUUGUCCCAGCACUCGGGAGACUUGAGUUAGAAUCCUGAAGAAUUCAAAGCCAGACUGUGCUAGAUAGCAAAAUUCCAUCUAAAACAAAAAACAAGGAGAGGCCCAAGAAUUUUAUUGCCAUUACAACAUAGAAAAUAUGGGAUACAAUAAAAUAUGAAUGAAUGAAAACACCCGUGUCAGUGCAAUUAGAAAUGAAAAGGGUGAAAUCACAACAGACAUCACUGGAAUCCUGAGGAUUAUAAAUAACUACUUUGAAAACUUGCACUUCAAUAGAUUGGAAAAU